GCCCUGACGUUACAACAAAAUAUUAAAUUUCGCAAAAAAUAAAUCAAAAUUAUUCGAUAGUGCAAAACAAUGAGCACGUGUCCCAUUGUUCCGGGCUGUUACUGUUGCUUCAAAGUCCCCUUCAAGCCCGUCACCCACGUCAUUUUCGACUUAGAUGGAACCAUUCUCGAUACCGAAACGAUGGACUUCAAGAUAUUCCGGGAGCUGGCGAAAAAGUACGGCGGGAAACUGACCGAGGAGGUGUACGGAGGCGUGUUGGGCACCAACGAGGACAUUGCUUGCAAGAAAAUCGUCAACGACCUGAAUCUGGACGUCGAGCCCGAGGUGUUUCAAGCCGAGUAUGUGGAUAUGGUCGUUCAAGAAUGCCCCACCGCCGCCUUUAUGCCCGGCGUCGAGCAAGUCGUGAAGGCGCUGUACAAGAACGAAGUACCCAUGGCGGUGGCGACCAGCUCCACGCAGACCACCAUCGACGCGAAGUUCUCGCAAAAGAAGGAGUUUUUCGACAUGUUCCACCACGUCGUGUCCGGCAACAGCGAUCCCGAGGUGCUCAGAGGCAAGCCCAAUCCGCACAUUCACUACGUCGCUUGCAGGAGGUUCCCCAAAAGGCCCUACAGACAGCAGUGCCUGGUGUUCGAGGACUCGUUCAACGGCGUGGUGGCGGCUCGCCGGGCCGGCAUGCAGGUCGUGAUGAUACCGACGCCGGAGACGUCCUAUUUCAAAUGGCGCUACGCGACGCUCCGGCUCGAUUGCAUCGAUCAUUUCAUACCGGAGCUGUUCGGCCUGCCGCCCUUCGAUCCUCCCAUCGUGCCGAGCGGCGGCAAGGGAGGCGCCGGCGGCGCCGGCGGAGCGCCGUUGAGCUGCUAGUACACGGGACUUCCGGCGCGGUUUGUAGGGAAUUCGAACGAACGCCGGAUAUCACUUUGACAUGAUGAAUUGUGCAAUAAAUAUGUAAUAAAUAAUGAGGUC